AUCAUAAACCCUGCUCGAUCAACCUCUCUGUUCUUCAAUUUCUUAUCGUUUCUAAUAAACAAAACGUCAUUUUCUUUUUCGGGUAAGGAAAUGUCAAUUUGUGAACCGAGCUUAAAAGUACGGCAUCUCUCAAGCUUCGUGAACGAUGGUACUGCUAAUUUAGCUGGGCAAUGUAACCGUAAUGCAGACACUGAGACUAUUCUUCUUUGUUGCUACAGAAACCCUAAUAUUGAAUCUCAGCGAAUCUCUUUGAAAUUGGUUUCCUCUUCCCGCCAUCACCCCGUCCAAUGCGUCGAAUCCAAUUCUGAUGCUAAGAGUAUGGUCGCUGGCUCCGGUGAGGGACAACAUGGUGAUUUCGAGGAGAAGCUUGGAGAUUUAAAGGUGAGUACCGAGCCAAAAGUCGAAGGAAGAGGUGGGGGUCGUGGUGAUAGUGGUGGAGGUGACGGUGAAGGUGGUGGUGGUGGUGGUGAUGAUAGUGGUGGUGAAGAGGAGGAGGAGAGGGAGUUUGGGCCGAUAUUAAAUUUUGAGGAGGUGAUGAGAGAGGCCGAAUCGAGAGGGGUGAAGUUACCAUCGGAUAUGUUGGAGGCGGCGAAAACCACUGGGAUUCGGAAGCUGUUCCUUCUUCGUUAUCUGGACUUGGAGGGUUCAGUUUGGCCAUUAGGCUUUUUAAUGAAGUUCUGCUCAAUGCUUCGCAACCGAAUGCUAGCUGAUCCUUCAUUUCUUUUUAAAGUGGGAACGGAGAUAGUGAUCGAUUCUUGCUGUGCAACAUUUGCAGAAAUGCAGAAAAGGGGAAAAGAUUUCUGGUUAGAGUUCGAAUUGUACCUUGCUGACCUUUUGGUUGGUGUGGUUGUUGACAUUGCUUUGGUUGGUAUGUUAGCUCCAUAUGCUCGUAUCGGGAAGCCUUCUGUGGCAUCAACUGGUUUAUUUGGACGAAUAAAUCAUGCUUGUGCAGCUCUUCCCAGCAGUGUUUUUGAAGCUGAAGGCCCAGGAUGCAGAUUCUCAGUUAAGCAGAGGAUUGCAGCAUACUUCUACAAGGGUUUAUUGUAUGGUUCAGUUGGGUUUAGCUGUGGCCUGAUUGGUCAAGGCAUUGCAAAUCUGAUCAUGACUGCCAAAAGGAGGAUAAAGAAUUCAGAAGAGGACAUUCCUGUGCCGCCUCUUGUGCAAAGUGCAUUACUUUGGGGUGUUUUCCUCGGAGUCUCUUCAAAUACUCGUUAUCAAAUCAUUAAUGGACUGGAACGUCUGGUGGAAACAUCUCAUUUGGCAAAGCGGGUCCCACCUGUUGCAAUGGCUUUCACUGUAGGUGUGAGAUUUGCUAACAAUAUUUAUGGUGGAAUGCAGUUCGUGGAUUGGGCAAAGUGGAGUGGGGUGCAGUAGCAGCAGCCUUUUCUGGCUAAAUGUUGCUUCCACAUCCUUUUCUGUAUCAUCAGUCAUUAAGGUAGCUCUCUUCCCGGGCAAAACAACAGGGAAUGAACUUAAUGGGAUAUACAUUUGUGUAGGUGCCGAUGAGAAGCCACGUCUUUUGUUGGCUUGUCUCGUUACAACUAGAUGCAUGAAUAGAAGGUAGCGAUGAGGAGAGUAAUGAUAGCUCUGCAUCCAUCUUUUGUUUCAGCAUUCCUGAAUGUUUUUAUUGUGUUUUCCUUUCCAGAGUUAGAAUAAUUUGAGGUAACUCAAUCAAAUUACAACUUGUAAUACAUUUAGGCGUUA